AUGGUAUUUGCUGCGCUUUAUCGUAUCUACGCAGGCUUCAUCAAUCCUCCACAAGCUCGAAAAGAGGAUGACGCCAUUCGGUUCGGACUUCUCGGAGCAUCCAAUAUCGCUCCUCCUGCCUUGAUCACGCCGGCAAGGUCUCAUAGAGAAGUCAUCAUCGCCGCCGUUGCAGCUCGAGAUCGCAGUCGCGCAGAGGCGUAUGCCAAGAAGCACGACCUGCUUAACGAUCCAAGCAUUGAUGCCGUCUACAUCGCUCUUCCCAACAGUCUGCACUUUGAAUGGGCUUUGCGCGCAAUCAAGGCACGGAAGCACGUUCUUCUAGAAAAGCCCUCGUGCUCGAAUGGCGAAGAGGCUAGGGCGCUAUUCAACCACCCCUUGGUCAAGGCACCUAAUGCUCCCGUUCUACUGGAAGCGUUCCAUUAUCGCUUCCAUCCCGCAUGGCAAACUUUCAUGUCACUCAUUCAUGAUGAUGCCGUAGCCGGGCCGGUGAAGCAUGCACAUGCGCAACAAUAUCUUUUCAAGGGUGUCAUCCCUUUCGAUGACAUCCGGUGGCGCUAUGAUCUUGCAGGUGGUGCUAUGAUGGAUUUCGGCACGUAUACUGUUAACUGCUUGCGCCAGAUUCUGCGGGAGGAACCAAGCCAGGUUAUUGAGGUGCAUUGGAGGGGUGUUCCGAGUUCUCAAUCUGAUCAGGCCGGAGGCCAGCAGAUUGAUCAGGCGAUGACCGCAACAUACAAAACGGAGAGCGGUGCCACAGGGAGCAUUAUCGCUGAUUUGGCUGCGUCGGGGGGUUGGCCUUUGUUGCCUUCGUCCUGGACGAAGAAUAUUCCAAGCAUUGGCUGGCCAAAAUGCGAGGCUGAGCUCGGAGAGAAAGAGGUGGAGUCCCCCAAGAGCGCCGACGAUGAAAAACAUUUCGUUAAGCGGAAAGUGACAUUGUGGAAUCAUCUUGCGCCGAGUGUAUAUCACCGGAUUGACGUGGAAGAUACUCACACAAUCCAUCGGGAUGGAACUUUAUUGAAAACGUGGAAGGAAUCGCAAAACCUCAAGUCGUACUCCUGGCCAUCUGGUGACAAGCAGGCAUAUGCCGGCGAAGACUGGUGGUCAACUUAUCAUUGUCAGCUUCAUGAGUUUGUGAACAAGAUCAAGGGCCGUGAGGGCUCUGGGGUUUGGGUUGAUGGCGAUGACAGUAUCAAACAGAUGGAGGCCAUCGAUCGAACAUAUGAAAAGGCCGGGAUGAAGACGAUUAGAGCCAAGCGUGGAAUUUCGGAAUCAACGUAUGAUCUCUACAGCAGCAGUGUGAACGCAGCCAAUUGA